CCCCUGACGACGUACAAAAUUAAUUUCUGACUGAGAGCAAUCUUCACUUGACUACAGGAACAUCGAGUGAGAGGGUAGUGUUUGGAGUUAGGAAUUCAAGAAGAUAGUAUUGAACUGCUUGGCAUCCAUCACAUUUUCAAAACAUAACAAUGUUCAAGAACACUUUUCAAAGUGGAUUCUUGUCAAUACUUUACAGUAUUGGCAGUAAGCCGCUACAGAUUUGGGACAAAAAAGUGAGUAGUGUCAAUUGACUGUCAAAAUCAUAACCGAGUGUUUCUUUUCUUUUUACGUUUUCGUGGGUGAAAUUGGUGUUACUUAAACAUUUUAGCGUGCCUAGCAACGUUGGUACUAUUCCUUUGUAUUUAUUAUCAUGUUCCUAGAACAUAGCCUAAUUUAUAAAUUAAACAUAGACAUAGUAAUAGUAUUAUAAUGAAAAGAAGAUCUUACAUAUAUUCUUGUAGUAGUCUCAUACUCAUGGGCAUGGAUCCGUGCACAUAUAUGACAUAUUGGAUAUCUUAACUGUAGGCCAGGGGGUUAUUAGGAGUACUUUAUCAUUUUGUGAUAUGGGGUGGCGGUGGGUGGUAGAGAGUCUCUAAGAGACCAAUGUUUGAUUUUCUUUAAAAAAAAAAAUUAAAUCUAAUUCUUAUUUUUUUCAAAAUUUCCGCUUUUCAAUUUUAUGAUAAGCCUACUAUAUGAAUAUAUUCGUGUUAAAAAAUAUGUGAAAGUCACUACUCACUAUUAAUUUGAAUGGUGUACUCGGUUUUUUAGUUCUACUAAACAUUGUUUGGCAAUGAGCCAAUAAGGCGACACACCUACCAACAUGACAGACUUUUGUUACAAAUACUUUAAACAGUUUUUAGAGACAAAAGCUAAGUGACAGUGAGCUAGGACUGAGUAUGAGAUGAUAUAUUUUUUUUAUAUAUUGAAGUAGUGCACUUUCAAUCACCAAAUAAUAUAGGCAUUAGGUUUAUAGGAUAUGCCUAUAUGUAUAUUUAAGCUAUUAAAUCUAAUUUUAAUUUAGAAAUGAAUUCAAAUUAUACCUACUAUGUAUAUAUGUUCUUAUGCAAACUGCAGUGGUUGAAGAUUACUUGCUUGUCUCUUUAACAUAUGAAAUUUCAACAAUAUCUUUAAACAGUCUUUUAUUUAUUUUUAUUUUACAAAUAGGCCUACCUGUUUAAAUUAAUUAUAAAGAAAAAUGAAAAAAGGCCAAAUAUGUUCAUUAGCUCAUCCUAAAACUUGAUUGUCAAUAAGUUAUAUAAUCUGUCUCAGUAUCAGCAAAUAGGCCUAUAUGUGUAUUAUUUAUUAAUUAUUUUACAGUUUGGAAAGAUAUAGAAACCAUGGGUUGGUCACUUAAUUGUUGAUACAUAAAAUAAAAUUUAUGCAAGGUUUUCAAUAAGAAAUAGUUGCCCGAUAGUGAAAUCUAAUUUUUGCUUCUCGUUUGGCUUACAGGUGCGCAAUGGUCACAUCAAGCGUAUUACAGACAAUGACAUCCAAUCUUUAGUUUUAGAAAUUGUUGGCACAAAUGUAAGGUAAGUUACUGAUAAAUACGGGAGAUGUUGUUUUUUGUUUGUUUGUCAAAUACAUUUUUUGUUCAAAUUUUAUAUUUCUGUUUAAAAGACAUAUUUCUUUAGAAUUGAAUUCACUUUGAACUUUCAAUGACAUAAAAGCAUGUCUGCUGCAAAGCUAGUCAAUUUUAAGUUUUGAUCAAUGUACUCAUGAGAGUUCUGGUACAUAAAGUUUCAGGGCAUUUUUAAUACAAUUAAAUUUUAAAAUGCUUUUGUCUAUUUCAGCACAACAUAUAUCACUUGUCCAGCAGAUCCUAAAAAGACUUUGGGGAUCAAGUUGCCAUUUUUAGUAAUGAUCAUCAAAAACUUGAAGAAAUACUUCACAUUUGAAGUGCAGGUAAUUAAAUUGUAUAUCAUGAUAAAAUAAUGUAUUAUCAUUAUUAAAAGCUGUACUGGUGCCAACAAGACAGAGUGAUUUCCAAAUUCAUGUAUCUUAAUGACUUUUAAUGGUCAUCUGAGAUGAUUCUGAUACAAUUAAUAGAAAAGAAAAAGUAAGAAAUUUAGUUAAUAAAAUUAUAUAUAUAUAUUAAUUACUAAAGACCAAAUUAAUUUCUCUAUCAUCCCAAACCGGUAACUCUUAUCAAUCCCUUGAAAGGUGGAGCUGACCCUUUGCACAAGACCUGGUAUAAAUCCAUAAAUCUGUGCAGAAUUUCUUCCCAAACACAUAGUGUUUAAGUUACUAAUUACAUGCUUUUUAAAAUCUUCUCAAGGUAUUAGAUGACAAAAAUGUAAGGCGGAGGUUUCGUGCAAGUAACUACCAAAGCACAACGAGAGUAAAGCCAUUCAUCUGCACCAUGCCCAUGAGGCUAGAUGAUGGCUGGAAUCAAAUUCAGUUUAACUUGUCUGACUUCACACGCAGGGCAUAUGGCACAAACUACAUCGAGACCCUCCGAGUACAGGUAAUUAAACAAUUUAAUUUCAACAUUCUUCAGACAUAGCUAUUGAAGUCUGCAGUAAGGAAAUAUAAAUAUAUUUGCCUUGAAAAAAAAUAUUUGUUUUAAAGAAUUUUUGUACAGUUCAGACUGUCAUUAAAUUUCUGUACUCUUCUUUUUUCUGUGUACACCCAUGCUCUAAAUGUGAAUAAUGUAGUUCUGACUUUUUCUUCUUUCUUCCAGAUACAUGCAAAUUGCAGAAUUCGCAGGGUCUACUUCUCUGAUAGAUUGUACUCAGAAGAUGAAUUACCUGCAGAGUUCAAGCUUUACCUCCCUGUGCAACAAAAGAAAUAAUAAAGCUCUUAAUGUACAAUUUAUAGAAAUAUUAACCUUGCCUGUCUUGUUAGCUCAUUUGUUGUGCAUGGUCAGUUACUACUCUAUCUAGAGUCAUGAAGAUGGUGGUAUCUGUACUUUGGUAAAGGUCCGAUAACCUGUUUUAGUGGACAUGAAAUUGUAUGUUAAGGAAGACUAAUAAAAAUACUUCUGCUUUGAUUUCUUUACAAAUAUUAGUGGCCAAUUGUUAGGCAAUUACAGUUUAUCAAAAAUAUGAUUGCCACAUUUCUUUUGAGGGAUAUGAUGUAAAACAACUUACCGGUAGGACAAAUUUGUUAAGGGAGGUAGCUUUUAUUUUGAAGGCAGUAUUGAUUAUGUCUCCCAAAAUUUCUAAUACCUAGUGUUUAUAUUGUUACGAUGGCAACAGAUGGUUUUGUUGAACAAAGUUCAUCUAGGUUCAAUUGUACUGUUGUGAUAUUCUUGAACAUAAAAAAAAAAAAAAGAAAAUAUUUGGAAAAUAUAUCAGGAUUUUUUUUUCCACUUCAAAUUACUCUAAUCUAAUGGCAUAAAAUAUAUAUUAACUGAACCAAACAUUAUUGUUGUAUCUACCUGUUUUUAUGCCAUGCACUGUUAUUGUUUGUCAUAAAAUGGGUGGAAUAUUUGAUAGGCAUGCAAAGUUUAUAGUGGGAGAUUGUGCUGUACAGAGAUAUAUAUUGGAGCCAAUCUCCACAGCUAUUGACAAUGUUGUAACAUAGACCUUCACAAGUUCAACUGUUUUUGUGAGAGGUCCAGACCAAUUUUUAAGAGUUGAAUGUGAAUCAUGGUGUAACUGUUCUUACAUUAAUCACAGUCCCAUAUGCCCAAAAAGCAUUUUGUGUGGUUGUUUUGGUGAAAGGUGGACUAUAUUUUUUUAGAAGCGUGCCUGAAAUAUAAAUAAAUGUGAAUGCAUGAUUAAAUUAUGCUUGGCAGAUACCAUGUAUUUGUAUUUAAUCAUUAUAAUUUCUCUCUAAAUAUCUUAGAGAAUGAUUCAAUGAAAAAAUUAAGACAAAUUUUGUGUGAGUGUAGCAGUUUUACAAAAUGAUGUCACUGAAAAAGAAAAUAGACUCUGGGAUUGAAAGUGUAAACUAUUUUAAUGAAAAUUCUUUAAAUCAAAUAGUUAAAAGUCAUAAAUAGUUAUAGGCAACAAUAUUAAAGCAAUUUUUAUACAAUAAACAAUUAUUAUAAUUAAUAGCAAAGGAGCAAUAAUAGAAUUUCAAACUUAAAUUCUGUUGGAAAAGUUAUAUAUGUUAUUAAGAAUGUAAAAGCCCAUUGUUGUUAUUAAUAAUGUGUAUGCUUGAUUAUGCUAUUUGAACUAUUUUAUAUCAAAUAAACCAAAUGUUUAAAAGCUUAAAUUCACUCUUUUUUUUUUAAAAAAUUUUGUGGCAUUUGAAGUCAAAUAUAUAAAUAUGUUCUCAUGUAUGCCAAUAAGUUGUCAGUUAUGCUGCCAAGAAACAUAAAGGAAAGAUUUUUUAAAAUGUCGUCAAUAAAAUGUUCA